AUGCCUUUCUUGGAACUUCGAGUAUCUAUGCUUGUAGGUUCUUCGAUUGUGCAGCAACAAAAAUAUUUAGAGAAAUCUGAUCCUGAAACAGCUAUUAUAAUUGCUGGAUUGAUUACAUUUUUUGUGGGUAUCUUGACGCUCAUAAUAGGAAUAUUCAGACUGGGUUUUAUCGAUUCUGUAUUAUUUCGCGCUCUUUUAAGAGGUUUCAUCUCAGCUGUGGCGAUCGUGAUCAUAAUUGAACUAGGUUUCAUCAGUAGAAAAAUUCAUUUAUAUCGUGGUGAAGCCCAUAGACUUACGACUGUAGUUUCAUUCUCUAGUUUUAUUUUUCUUCUGUUAAGUGCUGCUCUCAAAUCAAGGUAUUCAAGGCGAUAUCCUUGGGUUCAAUUUAUUCCUGAAAUUUUAAUAUAUGGAAUUAUUUUUACUAUUUUAUGUGCUAUUUUCAAAUGGGAUAUGGAUGGUCAUAUUCAAGGUGGUGGUUUUCCUUCUUUCCAAAUUCCUACACCAUCACAUAAGAUACAUAUACUGGAUUAUUUCCAAACUGCUGUUUUGAUUUCAAUUGUUGGGUUUGUAGAGUCGUUGUGGUUACCAAAACUUAUGCGACAAAAUAUAAUUAUUCUCUUUUUCCAAGGGUUUCCUGCAUAUGGUGGUAUGACGAGGAGUAGCAUAAAUGAUAGAGCUGGUGCUAAAACGCAAUUUUCUGGAGCCUUUAACACCGGUCAAUUAAACGAUCGAUUAAGACAACUAGAAGCGUUUGGUGAUAUGAGUGUUCAUCCUUCUGAAGAGGCGCGAUUGUCACCAGUUGAAAAAGUAAUUUUUGAUAUAGAAAUUAUGGAAGAUUUAGACGCUAGUGCUGCACAAAUUCUCACAGAAAUAGUAGAAACUUAUCACAGCCGUAAUGCCAAUGUUUUCUUUGUAAAACUACGUGAAAACCAAAAGAAACUUUUCGUUCGAUCAGGAUUAUGGAAUAAAGUAGGAGAAGACCAUUUCUUCGGGUAA